AUGUUGCUGAUCUUGGGGCUUGAACGUACAGAUGAUGAAGAGUUAAGUUCUCAAUGGGAGGUCACUUAUUUCGGCGAUGAUGGGGUUGCGCAAGCACUCAACGCCAAAGCAGUUGUAUUGCGCUUGUCAGCGGGGUCACAGGAAGCUGGAUUCCUGGCCUCUUUCUGUCCGAUCUCAAAAUUCCCGACUGUUGUCCUCAUUAAGAAUGGCACGCUGAAGGAAUACAUCGGGCCAGAUAUCCCCAAAGAUGACUUCCGCAGUCGAUUGAUUGCAGCUUUGGAAGAUGAACAGAAACCCAGUCCUGUGCAGCAACUACAAAGCAAUGACACUCCUGCCGCUCCGACUAAUUAUACGCCGGUGUCAGUGGCGCCUCAACCCCAACCUGGGGUGCCAUCCAAUGCCAGCAAAUCCACAAAGCAAACAAGUGAAAUUACAGUCAAGAAACAAUCAUCGAUUGAACAAAUGCCCGUGAAAGCUGCAGAACCUGCAAAGCCAGCAGGCUCUAUGUCUCAAAAGCCCUUAUCAUUCAAAGCUGGCAAUAAAGACAUUAAAGGCAAAGCACCCAUGGGGUCUAAGAAGCCCACCGACAAAGUUGUGGUAAAGAACGAACCGCAAGAGCCAAAACCUAGAGUCCCUCGAGGACCUCCAAACGAGUACCGGCUACAAGUACGCCUGUUUGAUGGAAGCUCCGUGCGGUCUAGCUUUGCACCCACUCAGAGCAUCCGAAACGAUGUACGGGCUUGGCUUGAUCAGAAGAUGGAAGGCGACAACCGACCGUACAACCUCAAACAUAUCUUAACCCCCCUCCCCAGUGAAAAUCUUUCCGUCACUCAAGAGUCGCAAACUCUCCAAGACUUAGGUCUUGGUUCCACCGCAAACCUGGUUAUGGUACCCGUAUCAACGUACACGGAGGCCUAUUCGGCAGCGGGUAGCUUUCCCGUUCGUGGUUUCUCUGCCAUCUACAAUCUGGCCUCUUCUGCUGCCAGCACUGCAACGGGACUUGUGGGUUCAUUCCUUAGAUAUGGCUCAACCGCACAGGCAAGCGGUGCAAUCACUCCUUCAGCCUCUCCGGCUACUGGCAAUUCUCAACGUCCUAGGACCACUGGACCCAAUAUUCAGACGCUUAGAGAUCAGCAAGGUGGACGUGGGAAUAGUCAGCUCUACAAUGGGAAUCAGUUGAAUUUCGAGCCACGAAAGAAACAGGAUGACAAGGACAAAUAA